AUGACAAAACCCAUUGAGAAAGACCACUGUGCUGCGGGAUAUUCCUUUUACAGUGUGAGCACUUUGAAAAACAGUUAUUUCUCUACAGAGUCCCUGCAAGAGUUUUCAGAAAGUCCAGCUAUGUCAAGAUGCAAGAAUCUCAGCUCUUCCCACUUGUUCGUGCUCACUGAUGCACCCAAGAGCAUCACUGAAUGGCUGGUGUUCUGGGAAAAGGAUCCAGUGGAGAUUCUGCUUAAUUUGGGGUUUGGUACAGAAGAACCUGAUGUCUGCACAAAAAUCCCUCCUCGGUUCCUCAGUGGUGCUUCUGUAGCAAAAGGGUUCAACGUCCAAGUCUUUUUGGAAGCUCAGAAGCAGCGGAUGGACAUUGAGAAGCCAAACCUAUAUGAACAUUUUUGACGGCUGGAAGUACUUGACCAUGUAUCCACUGCUUUCACAUCUUUGCUGACCGAUGUCAAUACCCAAUAGACCAAAGCACAGGACACUGGCAAGCGUAAGACUACUCUGCUGGAUGCUGCAAAGAUCAUACCUGCGACUGCACAAGUGAAGUGGAGAAGAAUAAGUUAUAUCCUGUAUAGGGCUUCUUGUUAGACACUGCUACUGAAACAGGGCUUGGUGGCACUUGGGAAACCACCUUGCACAGCAGGAAAGAGCCAUCCUGUUCUUGUGCAGAUAUUGCUGAGGGGGGGCACAGUCCAGAGCACACAUUUCUGCAUGUGUUACAUUGGGCUGUCUGACCCAGGAAACAAAAAUGCCUCAGCAUAUCCUACCUGCCAGUGUCCACUGAUGCCAUCAGAGAAAGCGUGGGCUUCAUUGCACCUCGUUGCAAAACAGCCUCACCUUUCUCCUGCAUGUGAGGUGCCUGCCAAAGACAGGCCAAGAAAGGAGCCAAUUUUGCUUGUGGUCCACAUGCUCAAAAAAGUGGCUGACUUAAACCGAAAGCACAAAUCUGAUUAUCAACCUCAACAGAUUCAGAGUUUUGAGGAUGAAACUCUACGUGGAAAUGCUCCUGACACCACUUCAGUUGAGUUUAUACAUUAUCCUUCUACCCUUACUGAGGGUCAAAAGGUGCUGCUGAUCGGGACCCUACACGGCCUCGGACAUGGCUCAAACUGUACAUUUCAUGAAAUUGAAGUUAUGAAGAGCUCCCACCAGCAUUUCCAGAAGAAGUUGAAUGAGAUUGAACAGCACCUGACCAAAGAGCAGGCGCUGUUUUCUGGUGCUAUGCCAUGUGAAGACCGGGAGGAAAGCAGAUACCUGCAACUCUUACAGUGAGCCAUUUGUCAGGAAGUUGCAGAGUUGGAGUUUCAGUUGAAGAAUCAAGAUUACCAAGUCAGCGAGAGCAUUCUGCAGCAGCUGGACAAAUUACUAGCAGAACAAUCCCAUCUGUAUUCUGAGCUUAAACUCUUUGACUGGAAGGAAGAAAGAAAAACUCAGAAUAAACAAGUGUUUCCAGAUGCUGCUAACACUGUGCAUCCUCGAAGUAGGUGCUCAAAAAUGGUGCACAGAAGAGCUCCUAGCAAAAACAUGACAGCAACAGGCUCCCUCUCUGCCCCACAACCAGGGCAACCACAACAGUUUCCUAUCAGGACAACACUUGAGCCAAAUUCAGCCAAGCCUGCCCCACAGAAGCUCUCUACCAGUAAAAAAAGGAAAUAA